AUAAUUAUGAAAUCCCAUAUUAUUCUAACUUUAUUGUUCAUCUCAGCUUUGGCUACUGUUGAAAGAGAUGCAAAUCAAGAAGCACUAGAAGGAGUUUGGUCCUAUUUUAAUUAAAAAGGUCCAUUUACAGUCACCAAAUGUGGAACUGACUAAGAUCAUAAAGAUGCCUAUCUAUUUACAGGAUAUUUCCUUAGAAAAGCCGAUAUAGCUUCAACAUCUGAAAUUAAUCCAUUAAUUGCUGAAGGUCAAUAAUUCUAUAAUGUAUUCAUUCUAUAUUUAUUAUAGUCUUUACCUAUUGAUACAAGAAAUUGCUUUGAAAAUAAUGAAGAAGUUAUUGAUCUUGGCAAAUUUUUAGGAAUUGAUUAAUACACUGAAGAUCAAUUAUAAGAUAAAAUAACUAAUUGGGUUGGAACACAUUUCUUUGUUUAUAAGAGAUUAAUCAAAGCAGCUGGAAAUGAUUGGAAUAAUUGGAAAGAUUAUGAAUAAACAGGAAGAGAUUUGGCUGAAUUAUUACAAAGAAUUCUAACAGAUACAUAAGAAUGAAAAUCAUAAUCAUAUUAAAAUAUUUUUUAUUUAUUUAUUUC